AAAUCGGUGCCAUUUUAACCAAAACCAGAACAUCAAUGGCGAAGGAGGGUGGUGAGCUAAAGGCUAUUUUCCUUCCAUUUUUGUCAACAAGUCACAUAAUUCCCCUUGUGGACAUGGCAAGACUCUUUGCCAUGCAUGGCGUAGAUGUCACCAUAGUCACAACCUCACAUAACGCUACCAUUUUCCAAAAAUCCAUUGACCUUGAUUCAAGUCGCGGUCGCUCUAUCAGAACCCAUGUUGUUAAAUUCCCAGCUGCAAAAGUUGGUCUUCCAGUGGGCGUCGAAGCCUUCAAUGUUGACACUCCUCGUGAGAUGAUUCCCAAAAUAUACAUGGGAUUGGCCAUUCUCCAACCAGAGAUCGAGCAACUCUUUCAGGAUCUGCAAUCUGAUUUCAUAGUCACUGACAUGUUCUACCCUUGGACUGUAGAUGCUGCUGCUAAGCUUGGUAUUCCAAGGCUCAUGUUUCAUGGUGCAAGCUAUCUUGCUCGCUCUGCUGCGCAUUCUGUCGAACAGUACGCACCCCAUUUGAACGUUGAAUCAGACACUGAGAAGUUUACUUUAACUGGAUUACCAGACAAAUUGGAGAUGACACGUUUGCAGUUACCAGAUUGGCUUAGAUCUCCGAAUCCAUACACCGAGUUAAUGAAGUCCAUUAAGGAAUCAGAGAAGAGGAGCUAUGGAUCACUGUUCAACAGCUUCUUAGACCUCGAAAGUGCUUACUACGAGCAUUAUAAGAGAGUCAUGGGAACCAAGAGUUGGGGUCUAGGACCAGUUUCGUUAUGGGCGAAUCAAGAUGCUUCAGAUAAAGCUGCAAGAGGGUAUGCCAAAGCAGAAGAAGAGAAAGAAGGGUGGCUUCAAUGGCUCAACUCCAAACCAGAAAGCUCUGUUCUUUAUGUGAGUUUUGGGAGCAUGAACAAGUUCCCUUAUUCUCAGCUUGUUGAAAUUGCAAACGCCCUUGAAGAUUCCGGUCAUUAUUUCAUCUGGGUGGUUAGGAAAAAUGAAGAAAACGGUGAUGGGGGUGAAUUUCUAGAAGAAUUUGAGAAGAGAGUGAAAGAAAGCAACAGAGGUUAUCUAAUAUGGGGAUGGGCACCACAACUUCUCAUACUAGAGAAUGGUGCCAUUGGAGGAUUGGUGACUCACUGUGGUUGGAAUACGGUAGUGGAAAGCGUGAAUGCAGGGUUGCCAAUGGUGACAUGGCCUUUGUUUGCAGAGCAUUUUUUCAAUGAAAAGCUGGUGGUAGAUGUAUUGAGAAUUGGGGUGCCAGUGGGAGCCAAAGAAUGGAGAAACUGGAACGAGUUUGGGAAUGAGGUAGUGAAACGUGAGGACAUUGGAAACGCAAUUGCUUUGAUGAUGGCUGGUGGUGAGGAAGAUGCAGAGAUGAGGAGAAGAGCUAAGACGCUGAGCGAUGCUGCAAAGAAAGCUAUUCAGGUUGGUGGAUCUUCUCACAACAAUAUGAUAGAAUUGAUUGAAGAGCUCAAGAUGCACAAAAUUUCCAACGGUCAACGGUAAAGUAAUUGUGACAAGGAAUUAUUUCGAAUGCUUAUGUUUGCCUGCUUUGAACAAUAAAGUGUCCGGUCGUAGUUCAAUGUCUUUUAGAUAUUAACUGAUUAAUUUCUUGUUGCGGAUAUUAAUGCUCUCAUC